AUAUGGGGCUCCUUUUGGCCUUAAACUCGAUGACACUGAGUUCGGUGAGGUUCAUAAAGUACAUAUUUGUGGGGUUUUUUUCAGAUAAAAGGUGCUCAUCAUUGUCAUCACGACAAGUUAGUGGCAAUCUAAUCUGAUGGUUCAGGGCAGAAAUAGUUUGUUGCCACAGUGAUCAGGAAGGACUCCAUGUGCAAAGCUGCCCCACUGGCUAGCUGCAUGAGGGGAAGGUUCUGCCUUUCUGGGAAGCAUCAGGCAUUGACCUCAGCUGAAGGCAGGAUACCCACCUAAAAGAUCUGGCACCGCAAAUUCACCUUCUUGUGCAACCCCUCCCCCCCGCCAAAUCGUUUUGCACUCGGCGGGGUGGGGGGAAGCUAGUUAUGAAAAAGCCACAAAGCUCCAGAGGUCCCAGAAGGGGAGGAUUUCGCUCCCACGCGUUGGUAUCUCCAGCUCUCUUCUCAGCCGAUCUUAGUCCGCUAGCCCAACGCUUCUCACUGACGUGCAUCUCCAAGUGACUCAAGCCUGCGUCACCUCCUCCCAGCUAAAAGAUUGUCCCCCCUCCCCUUUGUGUGAAAGGGAGGGGAGCGAGAAAGCAGCGCUCACCCAGGCUGUGGCUGGUCUCCUCGGGGUCGGAGCAGAUCCGGGCGCAGGCAGAGACGUGGCUGGCGCUCCAGAGGGAUGUGACAGCACUUGCCCAGCGACUGAGCAGAGGCGGAGAUGUGGCCGUGUUUCCACACGGGCUGAGCAGAGCGGAGUGGGACCUGCUCGCACUUUUCACCGAGCCGCAGCAGCCCGGAGCCCUCCAGCUUUCUGCAGCGGGGAAGGUACGGGCGUGGACCAGCCGCUGCCGCUGGAGGACCGCGCUCGAGUCCAAGCCCAGCGCACAGAUCUGGGGAGUUCAUCCGUGCGUCAGAACAGGCCGCGCCGCGGGCCAGUUCCCGAGCUCAGGAGCUGGUCAGUUGCCCCGGGGCUGGGCGGGUGCGGGUGCCGGGGCGUGGGACAGCCGCUCUGCUCUCCUUGCCGCAUCCCGGAGGAGCGCUUCGCUCACACCUCAACAACUGGGCGGCAUCCGAGGGAGAGAGGUCCUGCUGAUGAACAGGAGCUGAGGGGGCUGAUCUCCAAAGCUAGAGCCUGCCUCUCCUGCCGUCCCCCUUUCAUCCUAUCCUGAAGUGUGGGGCUGCAGAGCCAGCAAACCCUCAAUGCCUAAGAACAGCAAAGUGACGCAGCGAGAGCACAGCAGCGAGCAUGUCACCGAAUCGGUGGCUGACCUGCUGGCCCAUGAGGAGCCUGUGGACUACAAGCGCAGCAUCUUGAAUGUGACGGCCGAGGCCUGGGACAAGCAGAAGGAUGUGGAGGAAGAUCUGGACUCUGAGAAGCGGCCAGCAUGGAACAGCAAACUGGAGUACAUCCUGGCCCAGAUCGGGUACUCGGUGGGGCUGGGUAACGUCUGGCGGUUUCCAUACUUGUGUCAAAAAAACGGCGGAGGUGCCUACCUGGUCCCAUACCUGGUGCUGCUCAUCAUCAUCGGGCUCCCUCUCUUCUUUCUGGAGCUGGCGGUGGGUCAGAGAAUCCGCCGGGGCAGCAUCGGAGUGUGGAAUUACAUCUGCCCCCGCCUGGGGGGCAUUGGAUACGCCAGCUGUCUCGUCUGCUUCUUUGUUGGUCUCUAUUAUAACGUGAUCAUCGGCUGGAGCAUCUUUUACUUCUUUAAAUCCUUCCAGUAUCCGCUCCCCUGGAGCGAGUGCCCCAUCAUUAAAAAUGGCACAAUGGCCGUUGUGGAGGCAGAAUGUGAGAAGAGCUCUGCUACCACCUACUUCUGGUACCGGGAGGCUCUGGAGAUUUCCAACUCCAUUUCAGAGAGCGGAGGGCUCAACUGGAAGAUGACCCUGUGCCUGCUGACGGCCUGGAGCGUCGUGGGAUUGGCCGUGAUCAAAGGAAUUCAGUCUUCAGGGAAGGUGAUGUACUUCAGCUCCCUCUUCCCCUAUGUGGUGCUCCUUUGCUUCCUGGUGCGGGGGCUGCUCCUGAGGGGGGCGAUAGAUGGGAUUCUGCACAUGUUCACUCCUAAGCUUGACAAGAUGCUGGACCCCCAGGUGUGGCGAGAGGCAGCCACUCAGGUCUUCUUCGCCCUGGGCCUGGGCUUUGGAGGUGUCAUCGCUUUCUCCAGCUACAACAAGCAGGACAAUAACUGCCACUUCGACGCUACCCUCGUCUCCUUCAUCAACUUCUUCACCUCCGUGUUGGCCACCCUGGUGGUCUUCGCCGUGCUGGGGUUCAAGGCCAACAUCAUGAAUGAGAAAUGUGUGGUGGAGAACACUGAGAAGAUCCUGGGCUACCUAAACACCCACAUUCUGAGCCAUGACCUCAUCCCGCCCCAUGUGAACUUCUCCCAUCUCACGGCCAAGGAUUACAGCGAGAUGUACCAAGUGAUCAUGACAGUGAAGGAGGACCACUUCAAGGAGCUGGGCUUGGACCCCUGCCUGCUAGAGGAUGAGCUCAACAAGUCAGUGCAGGGAACUGGCCUGGCCUUCAUCGCCUUCACUGAAGCCAUGACCCACUUCCCAGCUUCUCCUUUCUGGUCUGUGAUGUUCUUCCUGAUGCUGAUAAACCUGGGGCUGGGCAGCAUGAUUGGGACCAUGGCGGGUAUCACCACCCCUAUCAUUGACACCUUCAAGGUGCGGAAGGAAGUUUUCACAGUUGGCUGUUGCAUCGUCGCCUUCCUGAUAGGCUUGAUCUUCGUGCAGCACUCAGGGAAUUACUUUGUCACCAUGUUUGACGAUUACUCUGCCACGCUGCCACUCACGGUCGUGGUGAUCCUGGAGAACAUUGCCGUGGCCUGGAUUUAUGGUACCAAGAAGUUCAUGCAGGAACUGACAGAAAUGCUGGGCUUCCGGCCAUACAUCUUCUACUUCUACACCUGGAAGUACAUCUCUCCCCUCUGCAUGGCUGUGCUAAUGACAGCCAGCAUCAUCCAGCUGGGAGUCAACCCACCGAGCUACAGCGCUUGGAUCAGAGAGGAGGCUGCGGAGAAGUUUCUCUAUUACCCAACGUGGGCUAUGGCCAUCCUCAUCUGUCUCAUCAUCCUGGCCACCCUCCCACUGCCUGUGGUCUUCAUCCUCCGUCAGUUCCACCUGGUGUCCGAUGGCUCCAACGCUCUCUCCGUCACCUACAAGAAGGGCCGGAUGAUGAAGGACAUCUCCAACCUAGAGGACAAUGAUGAGACUCGCUUCAUCUUGAGCAAAGUGCCCAGCGAGACUCCAUCCCCGAUGCCCACGCACCGUUCCUACCUGGGCCCGGGAAACGCUUCCCCAAUGGAGAUGAGCAGUGCACCCAAUGGACGCUAUGGGAGUGGGUACCACUUGGCCAGCACCCCUGAAUCUGAACUGUGAUGGACACCCACCAGUCCUUGCCCCGCCCCCACCCCCCAGUGCCUAGGAGAGGAGGCAACUGGGGAAUGGAUCCUGUCCAUUUGUGGAACAAAAAGAAAAAAAGAAGAAACCCUUCCUAGAAUGUUAGCAAGUAAGCAGUCAUUUCCCAGGCAAGGUUGGGAAGAAGGCAUCGUGGGAGGGUACUGGAUUUCCCUCUCAGCAAUUCCAAUCAAAAAGGCAGGAUCCCUUGUCAGCUGCCCUUGUGAGGAAAAA